GAGAUAAGUUUUGUUCUUUGGACAUUAUUUAAUAAAAAUAUUUAUAACAGAAUAUAGUAAAUUUAGCUAUUGUAAAGUUGCCCAAAAUUUUUUUAGUACAUAAAAUUAAGAAAGAUGUUGAACAAUAUUCUACACUUUUAUUACACACGUAUUCGCGUAAUAAAUGGGUUUUUGAACGGUUGUACAAGAAUGACGCUUUUCACUUUUUUUCUCGGAUUUCUCGGAAUUAGUAGUUAUGCGAGAUCUGAAACAGAAUAUAACUAUAAUCAUUCCUACGAUAAAUCUACUCAUUAUGCUCGUAAUGACAAUCCAAUUGUAAAAUUAUCGAGAUCAUUAUCUAAUGUUCUUCGACAUAAUGCAAUCAAAGAAGGAUUAAAAAUUCGACCAGAUGGAUAUGUCAAGGUAGAUGACUUGAUGAGAUUACCUAGAUUUAGAGGAACAACAUUCGAAAAAAUACAACAGGUUGUAAAUGAAAAUGAUAAACAAAGAUUUCAUCUUUUUGAAAGAAAAUCUGAAGGUGUAUCUACAUGGUGGAUUAGAGCUAAUCAAGGGCAUUCUAUGGUGGGGGUGAAAGACUUGGAAUUAAUACAAAUAACAAAUCCAUCAGAAUUUCCUCAAGUUAUACAUGGAACUAAUUUAGAAAGUUGGCGAAAAAUAGAAUCACAUGGUCUUUCUAGAAUGAAUCGUAAUCAUAUACAUUUUGCUGUCGGAAGAUAUGGAGACGCAAAUGUAACAAGUGGUAUGAGAGCAAGUUGUGAUGUAUUUAUAUACGUUAAUGUUCCUAAAGCCAUGGCAGAUAAUGUAAAAUUUUCUAGAUCUGCUAAUGGAGUAAUACUUACAGAAGGAAUUAAAGGAAUAUUAGAAAAAAAAUAUUUUCUAAAAGUUAUUGAUAAAUAUAACAAUGUUUUAUACGAAGAUAACGAUGAUAAGAAUGUUAAAGGAAAUAAUGUUAAUAAUAAGAAUGUUGAAGGAAAUAAUGUUAAUAAUAAGAAUGUUGACGGAAAUAAUGCUGACGGAAAUAAUGUUAAUAAUAAGAAUGUUGGCGGAAAUAACGAUGAUAUUAAAAGUACUGAUGGGAAUAAGAAUGUCGAUGGAAACAAUAUUAAUAGUGAUGCUAAUAAUAAAAAUGUUAAUGAAAAUAAUAAUAGGAAGAGCGAUAAUGAUAAUAAGGUGACUAAUAACGCUUGGAAUGGCAAUAAUUCUAAAGCCAUGAAUUCUGGAGGUACGAAUGUUAACAAGGGGAAUACUACCGCUUGGGGUAACAAUAAUGAUAAAAUCAAGAAUCUUGGAGGUACGAAUGAUAACAGGAACAAGAUUGUCGAAAAUAAUAAUAAGAAUAUUGAUAUCAACAGCGUGAAUGUUAAUAGAAAUAAUAGUAAUGAUAAUAAGAGGAAGAAUGAUAACAAGGAUGUUGUUGAAGGGAAGAGAGUAUUCUCGUAUGCAGAUAUAGCGAAACGACAAUAAUUUUCUUUGUUAAUUUAUAAAUAUAUAUUAUUUUUUUUGUAUUUAAAAGUAUUUAGAACUGUCUAGAUACUGUAUUUGUAUUUACACUUAAUUAGCCAAUAAAAAUUACAAAACAUAACCUCGCUAAUUUCAGCUGAAAUUAUAUUAGUUGUUAAAUUUGUUGAUUAGCUUUAUCCGUUACAGUGAUCGGAAAAGCCAAGAUCAUCGUCCGCAGUUCCCCUAUAAAGGCUAAGCCACAAACGGAAUUUUGUUUCGGAAAUGUUCCUUUUUAUCAUCGGUCAUGAAUGCGAAGCGGCCGAAAUUAUAAUUUCCUCACAUUUACUAUUACACCUUAGCUUCUAACACUUU